AUGUCAGGUGUUGUCUGCGCCUGGGCAAGCCUGCCAGAUGAAGUGUUGGAAUGGUACGAGACGGAAUUUUUGCCGCAACAGCGCAACGUAGAGGCUCAGCACUCGAUACAUUGCGAAGUCACCGCGAGCGGUAUGGAGCAUGAGCCAGUCGGAAAAUUAGAUGCGGCAUGGCCCUUCCUUACAGUCUACGAAGUCAAAGAUGUUGCCCAGACAAACAGAGAAAUCGAUAUCGCAUCUAAUGACCUACCGGAGGCGGCAAAGAGUGGUCCACUCAAGCAUGUGAACUUCGACGUCAGAUCAUACCGAGAAGUCAAAAGGUGGCAGAACGAAGAUUUUGAAGGCAACGGGAGUGCGGACAUCGAACACAUCGCAAGCAUAGCAGCCAUGGAAUGGACGAUCGAUGAGGCCAGAGAAGAGGAGGUUUUGAAGUAUUACUACGAAGUCGUUGGACCUACCAUUUCCAGCUCACCUGAUGUGCUGCGUUUUCGUCUCUUCAAACUCGACCGUGCAGUCGUUGUGGACAGGGAUCAGAAGAGAACUUUUUUGGAUAGCAAGGGUCUUCACCGAUACUUUACUCUUGUCGAGCUCGAAUCUGAAGAGUGGCCUUGGGAUGUUGUUGUCGACAUUGCAGAGAAACCAGGCUGGGCAGAGUACUUUGAAACACAGACAGUCGUGAAAUGGCAGCUUAGUCAUUACCUAACGAGAUCAACGUUCUGGGAACACAAGGAAAAGUCCUCCAUUUCCUAA